CCAGGAAACACAUCGCGAAUUGUCCCUCUUGCUCAUUAUCGGAGCCGUGGCGCACGAAAGGAUUUCCUUGACAUAAUUUCGGACACUCGCGACCCUGGACUCGGAGGCAUACCCGCACGGGAGGUGCAAUCCGGACACCACCUUCAUCAUCUGUGGACACAACAUGAUGGAACCGGCCUUCGGAGAGGUGAACCAACUCGGGGGAGUGUUCGUCAACGGGAGGCCGCUGCCCAACGCCAUCCGCCUCCGGAUCGUGGAGCUGGCUCAGCUGGGAAUCCGGCCGUGCGACAUCAGCCGACAGCUCCGCGUCUCGCACGGCUGCGUCAGCAAGAUCCUGGCCCGCUACAACGAGACAGGAUCCAUACUGCCGGGGGCAAUCGGGGGCAGCAAGCCGAGGGUCACCACCCCCACGGUGGUCAAGCACAUACGGACAUACAAGCAGAGAGACCCCGGGAUUUUUGCCUGGGAGAUUCGGGACAGGUUACUCGCAGACGGGGUGUGCGACAAGUUCAACCUGCCGUCCGUGAGCUCCAUCAGUCGGAUCCUGCGCAACAAGAUCGGAAACCUGUCCCAACAGAACCAGUACGAGUCCAGUAAGCAGGGGCAUCCUCCACCGCAGCCGACGUUACCCUACAACCACUUAUACUCUUACCCGACCUCCAUCGGGGCCGCGGGCACCAAGGUGCCCGCCCCCCAGGGCAUGCCGGGCCUCCCUGGACACAUGGCUAUGCACAGGAUUUGGCCCUCGUCGCACUCCGUUACAGAUAUUCUUGGGAUACGGUCAAUUACAGAACAGCAAAACGCUGAGUGGAUCGCCCACAGUGAGCAGCUCUGCCACAGCGCCCAGCACCCGUCCCUCCCCCCCUCCCACCCCAGUGUGGCGCUCCACGGGGUGCAGCGGCACCACGUCGGCCUCUGUGACCGGAGCCACCUGGCCGCCAGCCAAUGGCAGUGCUCCAUCUCCCCGCAGCUGUGA